AUGUGGCUCUCUCAAGCCUUGCCGUCAAUAUGCCUGCUGGUUGCAUGUGCAGUUGGCACACGGGCAGCAGUCGAGGCUGAUGCGUCCAUGAAAAGUAUCCCUCUGCGCACCCAUAGUCUGGCUCCUCCAUACCUCGACUCUGACAUGUCAAGUCGGUGGUUCGACUUUGGCGGCGACACCAUCAUACGAGCGGACCAGUAUAUCCGACUGGCUUCCGACGUGCCCUCUCAGUCAGGAUGGCUGUUCUCGAGAAUACCGCUCACCGCGACAAAUUGGGAGGUGGAAUUCGAGUUCUCCAUCCAAGGGAAGGGACAUUUGCACGGCGACGGGUUCGCGCUGUGGAUUACCAAAGAGAGAGGCCAGCCAGGUCCGGUAUUUGGACACGCCGAUCGAUUCGAAGGGCUUGGGAUUUUCUUCGACACGUACAAGAACAACAGGCCCGGCGUUGUGUUCCCCUACGUGAUGGCUAUGCUGGGAGAUGGGCAAACAACCUACGACUCAGCCAACGAUGGCAAGGCGAAUGAGAUUGGAGGGUGCUCGGCACGAGGAUUGCGUGGUGCUUCGAUCCCGACCAAAGCCAAACUGACAUACUUCCAAGACAAGUCACUGUCGCUGCAGUUACAGUAUAAGGCGACUGAUUCGUGGAUCGACUGUUUCAGCCUGGAGCCAACACCAAACAUGCCUCUGAAGCUCCCCAACACUGCUUAUUUAGGCUUCAGCGCGCAUACUGGAGAACUUACGGACAACUUUGAUAUCAUCAGCGUCGAGACCAGGAACUUGUACAAUCCAGUUGCCGCAAACUCUGCGAUGAAUGCGGCCGCGGCCAACAGAGCGAGUGCGCGUGGACGGCCUGAGAAGAAGAGUGGUGGUGGCUGGGGUUGGUUCUUCUUCAAGCUGAUCUUGUUUGGUGGAGUUGUUGGCGGCGGUUAUGUGGGCUACAACAGGUAUAAGCAGAAGCAGCGAUACACAGGAUUCUAG